AUGCGAGAUUUUCUAUUUCUUUUACUCUUAUUUUUUAUCUAUAUUGAUUGGUAACUUUUUUUCUAAAUUUUCAAAAUGGAAUUUAUGAUUUUAGCGCGCCACGAAUUAAUAAACCCCUCCUUUCCGAUCCUGAAGUUGAGUUAGAAAUUCCUGCCAAAAAAGGUGGACCUGUCAUUCCAAAAUUGCCUGAUUACGGAGAAUAUGAGGAUUAUGAUCUAGCCACUACAAAAGCACCAAUCGAUGAAUUGAUUUUGGAAAUGGAAAACUUCAAUUUGCCACGUGUAUCGCAAGUUUCAUUGGAUGAUGAGAUUUCACGUUUGAUGACCGAUUUACAUCGAGAAGAACUUUCGCAAAGAACAACUGUGACUAGGGAAGAUAUGACAACAACCACAAUGGGAACUGUUACAACUACUGUAGAUGAAGUUGAAGUGGAAGAUAUUGAAGUUGGAUCAGGUGAAAUUCCGAGUACAACUAGAAAACCCCAAUUAUACACAACUAUUAUACAAGAAGUGAGUUGCAGAAAAAAUUUCGACACAAAAAUAUAAUUUUUUUUCUCAUCUCAGGUUGAAUCUGUUCCCUCUACCCUUCGUCCCGAUCCUUAUGAAAAUAUCGAAUAUGAUUUAUCCGAUCACAGUAAUUUUAUGCAAAAACCAAUGAAACCCAAAAUUAAAGGAAGAGAUAAAGUAAAAUCAAAAAUUGUGAAGGCUAAAGCUAAAGUGACGCAAAAAUCAAAAAUUCAAAAACAUCUUCAUGGCGGCGAUGUUGGAACAACUUUUAUUGUGGUGAAAGCUGGUGGAAAACGUUUUUUGAAAAGAGUUUCGAAAAUUGAUAAACGCAAGAAAAUAUUGAAAUUGAAUGGGAAAUUAUAUCGAAUUGGACCGAAAAUGAAACUGAAAAAGGUGAGGAUUCAAGUUUGAUUUUACCCAGAAAAAUUGUUGAAUUACAGAUAACUUCAAAGGGUCGAGUUGCAGUCAAACCAGAAGUUUUCUCAACAAAUGUAAGAGCAAGUAGAAAAAAUAGCCUAAUUGGAAGUACGAGUAAUGUAAAGUCAACAAUAGUUCGAGCUGAUGCGAGACGGAAUAUUUUAUUCAAUCGAAGAAGAAAACGUGAAACCGAAGAUCUUCAAGAUCUCAAUGAAUAUCCAGAACAAGAAUUCAUUUAUCAAAUUCAAUCUGCACAACUAACUCAAGUUGAGCCAAGUCAAAUAAUUAAUGAAAAAGCAAAUGAAGUUGAAUUCAAAUCAUCGGAGGAAAAGGAAGAAAAGGAAGAGGGGGAAAGAGAAUCUGAGAUUGUAGAAAUUCAUUCAGGAUUAGCACAAGUUGAUUUAGUUGGAACUUUGAAUCGAAAAUCAAUUGGAAGUCCAAAUGGAUUACUGAGACAUAUCAAGUUGAGAGGUUAUUCAUUGGCUGGUUAG